GGCCCUGUGUGUGUGUGUGUUUGUAUGUGUGUGUAUGUACGUUCUCACCGCAAACCAUGUGAUUGUUUGGGCUUGACUAAGCUUUGCAGCCUUGACAGGGCUCCAUUAUCUGCCCGUGUCCCCAGUCAUACUGGAAAAGAUUGGAAUGCCACAGCAGAAUCCAGAGACACCAGUCAUAACACUCUGGUUUGGAAGAGAUUGACACUGAACAGUUUCUGCUGACAGCAGGAGACGGUAGGAGGCGAGGGGUGGCUGUGCAAGACCUGGUUUUACGUGAGACAGGUGUUGCUUCCUGCAGAAUAAGUGGAGAUGUUUUCCGUCUCUGCCACGAUGCUCCGUCGAGGAGCUUUGAGAUACAGUCAGUGCACCAUGGCAACCGUUGUCUCUGGCAACAAGACCUCACAAAAGGUGAGAGAGCGACUCAGAACUGAGAUAGCAGAGAUGAGCAGUCAGUUUCCAGGCUUCAGGCCAGGCUUGGUUGUGCUGCAGGUCGGGGACAGAGAUGAUUCGAACCUCUACAUCAGCAUGAAGCUAAAGGCAGCGGCCGAGAUUGGAAUCAAUGCGAGCCACAUUAGGCUUCCCAAGACAGCCACAGAGGAUGAAGUUUUGCGUUGCAUAAUCGCAGCCAACGAAAACCCGGCAGUCCACGGUCUCAUCGUACAACUGCCUCUCGAUUCCUUUCAUCCAAUUGACACAGAAAACGUGACCAAUGCUGUUGCCCCAGAGAAAGAUGUUGAUGGCCUGAGCAGUAUAAAUGCAGGGAAGCUGUCUCGAGGAGACCUGAGGAACUGUUACAUCCCAUGCACUCCUAAUGGGUGUUUGGAGCUCAUCAGUCAGACCGGUGUGGCUGUUUCAGGGAAGAAUGCUGUCGUGAUUGGCCGCAGUAAGAUUGUUGGAGCUCCAAUGCAUGAUCUGCUCUUAUGGAAUCAUGCUACAGUGACCACCUGUCACUCCAAGACUAUUGACCUUGCUGAACAGGUGGGCAGAGCAGACAUAUUGGUUGUGGGUGCUGGCAAAGCUGAGAUGGUGAAAGGAGAGUGGGUGAAGGAGGGGGCGGUGGUCAUAGAUUGUGGCAUCAAUCAUAUAACAGACAGCAGUAAACCCAGUGGGAAACGUCUAGUGGGAGAUGUGCACUACCCGUCAGCUGUACAGCGAGCUGGAUACAUUACUCCAGUGCCUGGUGGAGUCGGACCCAUGACUGUAGCCAUGCUGAUGAAGAAUACAGUGCAAAGUGCAAACCGGUUUCUGCAGACACACAGGCCUGGGAGGUGGAACAUUGUCUACACAAAGAUGAAACCCCAAAAGCCUCAGCCAAGUGGCAUUACAGUCUCCUGUUCACGCCCGGCCAAACCAAUCGCUCAGCUUGCGAGAGAGAUGGGUCUGUUUUCUGAUGAAGUGGAGACAUAUGGCACCAGCAGAGCUAUGAUACAACUGGGUGUUCUUAAACGCAUGGAGAACCAGCCUGAUGGGAAAUAUGUGGUUGUCACUGGAAUUACUCCUCCUCCAGUGGGUGAGGGAAAGCGUACCACGACUGUUGGGUUGGCUCAGGCCUUAGGAGCCCACUUGAACAUUAACGCUUUUGCUUGCGUUCGAGAGACUUUUCCUGGAUUCUCUUUUGGUGCCAAAGGGUUUGCUGUUCGAGGCGGAUACUGUCAGGUUAUUCCAUUGGAUGAGGUCAGCCUUCAACCUUUCGGACAACAUGAGGCUGUUUCUACUGCCAGCAGACUGGUGAUGGAUGCGGUCGAAGCACAUGCUCACUAUGAGACCAACCUCUCUCAAGAGGCUUUGUUUGAUUGGAUAGUUCCUCUCAGAGAAGGUCAAAGGUCGCUCUCCACAGCCCAGCUUAGCCGACUGAAGAAACUGGGCAUUGAGAAAUCUGACCCCUUGACCUUUACAGAGGCUGAGAUAAGAUGUUUUCUCCGAUUGGAUAUUGACAAAGAUACUGCAGCAGAUUGUGACUUUUUGGGAAAUGAGAUCAUGGCUAUACUGUCACUAAGCAGCGCUGAGGAGGAUCUGAAAGAGAGGCUGUCUAGGAUAGUAGUGGCUACAAACAAAUCUGGAGAUCCUAUCACCACAGAGGAUUUGGAUGUCUGUGGUACAUUGGUCAUGAUUUUGAAAGAUGCACUGAAACCUGUCCUGAUGCAAACUGUGGAGGGUACACCAGUGUUUGUUCACACCAGCCCAUUAGCUGACAUUGCCCAAGGCUACACUUCAAUCCUGGCAGACAAAAUGGCCCUAAAAUUGGUCGGAAGUGAAGGAUUUGUAGUCAGCGAGUCUGGUUAUGGUGCAGACGUGGGCUUGGAGAAGUUCUUCAACAUUAAAUGCCACUACUCAGGCCUGAAGCCAGAUGUGGUGGUGAUGAUGGCUAACGUUCGUACCUUAAAAUGCAAGGCAGUGCCCAUCCAGGCAGGCUGGCCUCUUCCGAAAGAGUAUUUACAAGAGAACCUCCAGCAGCUUGAAAAAGGCUGUUUUCACCUGAAGAAACAGGUGGAGAAUGCAAAAGCCUUUGGCUUGCCGGUGAUAGUAGCUGUCAACACAUUCAGCUGUGAUACUAACGCUGAGCUGGAGCUGGUGUGUAGCCAGGCAAUGCAGGCUGGAGCUGUUGAUGCAGUGCAGUGCACUCACUGGUCUGAGGGGGGCGCUGGAGCGCUGACUCUGGCUGAGGCUGUUCGGAGAGCAGCAAAACUACCUGGCCAGCUCAAGUUCCUCUACGACUCAAAGAUACCAGCUGAUGGUAAGUUAAGAACCGUGGCAAAGCAGAUGUAUGGAGCGAAGGACAUAGAGCUGUCACCAAAAGCCAUGGAGAAGCUUGCACUUUACACAAAACAGGGAUUUGGGAAUUUGCCGGUCUGCAUAGCCAAGACACACCUGUCCUUCAGUAUUGAUCCCAAGCUGAGAAGAGUGCCCUCAGACUUCAUCCUGCCCAUCACAGAUGUCAAAGUCAAUGCUGGAGCUGGUUUCCUCUGUGCUUUGACUGACUCGAUAAAUACAGAAACAGGAUGAUCCCAUGUGGCACUGUUUCCAUGACAACAACCUUUUACAGUGACUGCAAGAAACUCAAUGAUUACUUGCGCUAAGAUAGGUUUAAUUAAUAAUCAAUUCAACUUUUAAUGUGUUGACUGAAGUAGAAGUAUUAUGAAAGCUCAAGAAGACUCUUUUAGACUAAUGAAGUCAUCAAAUUGGACAUGGCAUCACCAUGUGGUUACCUGGAUGUCAGGUGUGGUCACUCAUUCCUGCGUUAAACACCACUUUGCACGGUCAUCUCGAGUUGUAGAGUUGUGUUACAUUUGGAAAAGACUGUUUAUUCAUCAUCUGUUCCAUCUUGAAAUGGGAAGAGAUCAGUCACUGAACUGUGUAGCUGAUGUGUUGAUUUGGUUAGUCCCACAUGAUUUACUCUUUCAGUUUAUUAUCUCUAUAAUAUGCUCAAACUAACAAAUGUUUAUGCUUUAUAUUAUAGUGGUUUUUCAUUUUAGAUCCCAGUUCAUUCACAGUGUUUCCUGAAACUUUGAUAUUUCUUGAAACCAUACACUCAAAAAAAUCUGUAAAAAAUUGGGCACAAUAUACUGUAUUAAUAUGAAGGAAUUUUCAGUAUUCUUUUUUACAGUUGUAUUAUCUGUAUUUUACAUUUUUCACUGCAUUAAGCUGUAUUUAAGCAUUAAAGGAAAUGACUAAGGAAAAUGUACUGGUAAUUUUAUGCUAGUACUUUAUCCGUUUUUUUACUGAUUUAUUUUUAUAGUGUAGAUGUUGUGCCAUGACCAAUCCAUAGCAAUAUAGAUCUUCUGACAAGAGCAAAAUGUGGUGCCAUUUAUUUUUAAUUAAGUGUAACGUCUGUCAUAAAAGAUUAUUGUUUGUCAGUUAUUUUGAUAGGUACAUUAAGAUAUAGAUGAUGUCAUAUUGAUUUAAUGGCUCUCUUACUGCCUCUCACACUUUCUGCCUCUGAAAUAAAAUCUUAGCUUGACCUUUCA